ACUCUUUGUAGGUAGCGUACUCUUUACUAUAAUAAGACCGGGGGGAUUGUCUUUUCUAUCAUCCAAUUACUGUACCGAUUUCAAGAUGUCCACAUUGAGAGAAACCCUUGAUGGGUUCCCAGUAUGGCAGAUGACAGUGAUAUGUUUGGUGAGGUUCUCAGAACCAAUUGUCUUUACAUCCAUGUUCCCAUAUGUCUAUUUUAUGGUUCGUGAUUUUGGUAUUGCCAAGGAUGAAGCAGAUAUCUCCAAGUAUACUGGAUAUCUAUCUGCCGCAUUUGCCUUUUGUCAAUUUCUUCUCUGUGUUCAAUGGAGUCGUUUAUCGGAUGUGAUCGGUCGUAAGCCUGUCUUGUUGGGUGGGUUGUUUGGUACUGGAGCAAUGAUUUUCCUAUUUGGAUUCCUGUGGAAUUUCACUGUAGCUAUUCUUGCUAGAUCAAUAAUGGGGGCAUUGAAUGGGAAUAUCGCGGUAUUGAGAACCAUGGUGGGGGAAGUAGCCACUGAAAGAAGACAUCAAGCCAUUGCAUUCACUUCAUUGCCCUUAUUAUGGGGGCUUGGGAGUAUAGUAGGACCUUUAAUCGGAGGUUCUAAAUACCUUACAAAGCCACCAACUAGUGUUAAAUCUCUUCUGUGGAGCAGUUCAUAUGAACACUUCUUGGAUACUUACCCAUAUGCAUUGUCAAACAUAGUAGUUGGUGGGUUUCAAUUUGUUAGUAUGUUAAUUGCAUUUCUCUUCCUUGAAGAAACUCACAAAAAAUUCAAAAAUAGAAGGGAUUUAGGUUUAGAUAUUGGAGAUUUCAUCAGAAGAAGUUUAGGUUUCAAGGUACCACCAAGGCCGUGGAAGAAGAAUCAAACUAUUAAAAAUAAGGAACUCAGCGAUGAAAUUACCCCACUUCUAGUGGGAAGUGAUAUUACAACUACAAACGAAGAAUCUGAUUCUGUCUCUAUCAACUCCGAUGAUGAUAAUGUAAUUGACCCAUUCCUGCCGACUACGAGAAGAUUAUCUCUGGCAAUUCUUUCUAGAUACACAUCGAAUCCAGUAGAAGACGUCAUCACCCCGACUGUUUCUAGAACUUCAACGUUCGCAGGAGAACCAUCUGGAUUUAACAGAGAUACUUUUACAAUACCAGUCAUUGAAACUAUUGUUGCAAACUUUUUGCUUUCCUUCCAAAAUAUGGUCUUUCUGGAGUUUGUUCCUGUGUUAUUGGCUGGAGAUUUCUUGGGUGAUAAGUUGCAAUUCCCAUUUAAAAUUACGGGUGGGUUUGGGUAUACCCCUCAAAUAAUUGGGACCCUUUUUUCUGUUACUGGUUUAUUAGGGGUCUUUGUAGUCUUGUUUCUUUUCCCCCUUGUGGAUAGACUUUACAGUACCUUAAUUGGAUAUCGGGUUGCCACUGCAGUUCUUCCCUUGGUUUACUUUGUACUCCCACUUGCUAUAUUCACUGUUCCAGAGUAUAACCCGUCCUUUCCGCCUUGGGUUACUCUUGCUCUUGUGUAUGUAUUGGCUGGAUUUGGUGGGCUUGCAUUUGCCAUUGCUUACCCUCAAAUUUUCAUUUUGAAUCAUAGAGCAUCGCCUCCUCAACAUAGGGCCCUUAUCAAUGGAACUGUCUUAAGUGCUACCUCUUUAGCUAGAACAAUUGCCCCCUUGGCUUGGGGUAACUUGAUCAGUUUAUGUGAUAGUUACAAUGUUGGAGAAGUCUCAUGGUGGUUACUUUCAAUAAUGGCGAUUGGUGGUUGUGUACAAGCUUUGAUCAUGAAUGAGCAUGAUGAAGACUUGAAGGAAGUUCCACUUCUCGAAGAGAGUGGUCAAGAUGAAAUAGAAGCUUAAAUAACAAAACGAACUAUGCCCAAGAAAUAAAAUACUAAUAAUGAUAAAACUCUAUAGAUAUACAAGAAUAAAUAAUAUGCAAC